CCCUCUCUCUCUCUCUCUCUCUCUCUCUGACCACUCAGUGCUGAUUAGAAAAUGAGGCAUGCAGUUAAUCUUCUGCUGAGCUCUGCAACUGUGUUCGGUUUUCAGAUCUUGAAUUGGGUUCAGACCAAGCUUAAUAGAAGGCCAGAGAAAAAAACUUCUCAAAGUGUCUGCUUCUCUUCUCUCUAUCCCCCACAGCCGAAGAUUCACACUGAUGAAUUCAUGGGCUGGCCACACGGAUUGCUUGCGAUAGGCACAUUAAACAGUAUUUGUUCUAUCAGAGAGGAAGAACAGACUCAUCAUCAUCAUCCCUUACCGAGCUCACAAUCAUCAAACGAUGUAUCAGACUUCACAGUAGAGGAAGCCAUGAAACAACAGAAAGAACUCACCAAACUGCUGAAAAGCAAGCCAAAAUCCUUCAAUAAUGGCUCUGCUACAGGGGAGGAGAAUGCCAAUCUUCUUCUGAACAGACUCUUAAAUUGCCCAUCAAACCUUCUCAUCAGAUUAUCCGAAGACCUGGAUGAAGAUCUAGAACGCGAUGAUGGCGAUCUCUCUCCUAAUAGCAAUAUUAUUCGGAAGAAAGUUAGAGACUUUUUGAUUGCAGAUAACAGGAGCAUAGUUGGGCAGAAAUCUGUUGCUUGUCUUCUGAAAAAGUUGUUUUUUUGUAAGGGUGGAUUUGGUCCAGCUUCGGGCUUAAGAGAUCCCAUAAUUGUUUCCAGAAUGGAGAAGCUGUUAAGAAUUAUGGUUUACAAGAAAAUAUUUCCACAGAGUUCUGCAGCAGUUACUGUGAAUAAAUGCCUGGAAAAUAACAAGUUGGGUGAGAGAGUGGCUUGCAAGGACAAGAGUGAAGAGAAGGAUGGAAGAAGAUUUAAAUGGGAUAAAACUGACUCAGAUUUUAUUAUUUUAGAGAUGUAGGUGCAUUUGAGGCAGUGAAGUAGUGGCUCUAUGUAUUUUUCAGGUGUUUGACAAAAUUGUGUUUUGUUUGUUUUUUCAAAAAAUUGUGGGGAGAAGUUAAGUUUUGCAAACAGACUUGACUAAGU